CCCUGGUCCGCCCGCGUGAUUCCCCACCCGCCUGCCACCGCACAACCCGAAUGCGGCCUCCGGUCCUGGGCGUCCUCACUUCCUGAGCGCCCACCCUAGGCCCUCAGUACUGGUCGGGGGAGCCGCCCGUCCGUUGGGGAGGACUUCUGGAAGGAUGAGGUCUUCACUGGUGCCUUUGGGGCCCCCUGUGAGCCAGGACCGCGUCAUUACCAGCUUCCCUAAGUGCUACACGCCCGCCGCCUGCCUGCAGCUCAGGGAGCACUUCCACGGGCAGGUCAGCAUCGCCUGCCAGCGCAGGAGCACAGGGACCGUCGGGGAAGGAAGGACCCACGUGCAGGACGAUGGUCCCAAGACCGUGCUUGAGAGCAACACUCAUGUUCCUCGCAGGCUCAGACUCUCCAAGGUGGUUGUGGUCGGCGAUCUCUACGUGGGCAAGACCAGCCUCAUCCGCAGGUUCUGCAGGAACGUCUUCGACCGUAACUACAAGGCCACCAUUGGGGUGGACUUUGAGAUCGAGCGCUUUGAGGUUGCUGGGAUCCCCUACAGCCUCCAGAUCUGGGACACAGCAGGGCAGGAGAAGUUCAAGUGCAUCGCAUCUGCCUACUACCGGGGUGCACAGGUGAUCAUCACGACCUUUGACCUCACAGACCUGCAGACUCUGGAUCAUACCAGGCAGUGGCUGGAGGAUGCAUUGCAGGAGAAUGAGCCGGGCACCUGCUUCCUGUUCCUUGUGGGGACCAAGAAGGACCUUCUGUCAGGGGCGGCGUGUGAGCAGGUGGAGGUAGAGGCUGUGCGCCUGGCCAACGAGAUGGAGGCUGAGUAUUGGUCAGUGUCCGCCAAGACCGGGGAGAAUGUGAAGGCGUUCUUCAGCCGCGUGGCUGCCCUGGCCUUUGAGCGCUCGGUGCUGCAGGACCUGGAGCGGAGGAGCAGCGCCUGGCCGCAGGUCGGCAACGGGGACCUCAUCCGUACGUGCAGGAAUGGAGGGACAUCCGCCCGAGACCCAGGACAGCGAGAGGCCCUCCAGCCUGGGUUGCUGUUAGCCGAGCCUGCAUCAGAGGCCUCUGUCCCUGAUCCCGCGAGGGCAGUGCCUCCUGUGGCGUGGAGGGUGGCGUGGCCGUGCUGAGCCCCAGGGCUCCACCUCUCCUCUCUAGCGGGUCCAGAGCCAGAAGAGGCCCCACUGGCCACUCCAGGGCCCACGCUGCCCAGCUGGUGGGGGCACUGCAGUGAUGAUGUGGAAGUCUUGUCACACGUAUGGAGCCACCCGGCAGUUCCCCCAGCCCAGAGGGGCCUCACGGCCGCAGACACAGACACGGGCCCCCAGGGCCCAAGGUCCUCUUGGGCCCUCUGCCCCAGCCUUCUUGGUUGACCUCGGAAUCUUCUUCCUCUCAGUGGUCCAGACAAGCAGGACUUGUCAAAGUCAGCACAUGAGGGUAAAUCCACCUGCCAUCCCGGUCUGGACUUUUCUGUCAGCAGCAGGACUGGCCAUUCUGGACCUUUCCGGCCGAGGGGCCAUCUCUGGCUCCUCCGUAAUCUAUGGCAUCCUGCCCUCCUGGUUAAUGGGCGAGGAGGGGCAGAACAGGCCACCCGUGCCCGUCUGGCCCUGAGACACAAGGUUCCCCAGCCCAGCUGCGCCUGGGUAGCUCGCUGCUACACCCUGGAGCGGGGCACUGCCUGCUCUGCCCCCAGCAGCCGUCACCUGGACUCUGUGGGGCCACCCCUCUCCGGACCCUUGUGAUGGGGUCCAUGCGUCUUGGGACACUGGAGGCCCUCCAGCACCUGUCAAGCGGGUUCCCUGUCUCCAUCUCCUCCCUGUACACCCAGAACAGGCAAGCACGGCCCAGGCCCCCUCCCCAGCUCCUACCAGAGUGCCCGGCCCUCUCCUGUCCUCACACUGCUCCCCCACGGGGGCCUCUUGCCCCCCACCUACCCCGCACGCCCCAGCCCUGGGUGUGUGCCCCUUCCCACCCUCCUCAGCCACAGGUGGGUGGUACAGCCGGCGUUUUGCCUGCUUCUUGGAGAUGGUGAGCAUUCCUGGGGCAACUGUGUGGGCGGGACCAUCUCCCAGUGCCCCCAACAGUGCUGGGCACACCACAGGUGCCCGGUGGGUGCCCACCUGCUCACAGUGAUCGCCAGACAGUGGCCAGGGAGACACAGCAUUCUCUGUCCAUUCCCCCGUCACCAGAUUUUGAGCUCUCCUUUUUUAUAGACAUAAGGUACUUCUUUAUAUAAAUCACUCUUAAAGAACUUACGUACGUGCUUAUUGUAAAACAGGACAGCACAGAGCUUUGCGUACAGAGCGACAGUCCCCCAUGGCCCAGGUGUCAGCCUUGUCUUGAUGCCCCCCAUCUUCUAAGCAGAAGGGGCUCCCAGAGAUGGGGGGUGGGGCCCUGGCACAGGUCACCCAAGGAGGCCCCGAGAUGAGACACUCUCCCAGCAGCCCCCAGGCUCUGCCAUCUGCUGCGGCCUCCCAUGUCACCUCCCAUAUGUCAGGCAGGCAGAAUGUGGCUGUCACGUGGCCUCCUUCCAAGCCUCCCCCCACAUCCAGAUGCUUCUGGCAUAUUCAGGGCCACCAGCCACCUGUCUGAGCCUGCGGCCCAGGAGGGAGCAGGCAGUGCCUCCUUGCUUGUAGGCCCUUCCCUCCGCUCCCUCAUCCCCAACAGGUGGAUGGCACCCCUGGCCUGAGGGUGCUCUGGGCCUCUGACCACAAGGAGCCACAGCCUGGACCAUCUCACUGGCCGUCCCAGCGCCUUGGCUCUCUACGAGGCUGGAAAUGCAGGCAGGAUGCUAUGCCAGGACCCCUCACUCUACUCAUCGCAGCAGUGGUGGUUGAGUGACAGCUGAGGGGCCUGGGAGGAAAGACCCACAUCUCACUUGUUGGAGCCGUUGGCCAAGGAAGUCCUGCAGAGACCCCUGCUCCCCACUCCGGGCCAGGGCUGGUGGCCUGGAGGAGGUGCCCCACCAGGCACCAUUCAGCACAGCACGACCAGCAGGAUGAGGAAACAGCUGGAUCGAUCGACCCCGUGUUCUGACCUUGCCCGCAGCUCCCAGGGGCUGACAGGUGACAGAUGGGGGGUCACGUGGCCACAUCCCACUUGAAGAGAAUUGUCCUCCGGCUUCUGGCCCCCAAAGUGGGUGGGGAUGAGGGUAUAGACGGGGUAAGGAAGGACAAAAAGUGGCCCAAGCUUUCAAGUCGGCCUCAGGCAGAAAGCCCUGCUGUUGACACCACACGUGACAGCUGUCUGGUGGCACCAUGUCGGGAGCCUGGAUCUGGGACUUGGGCAGGCUGGGCCCCCACUUACUGCUGUGUGACGGGAGGUGGGGGGAAUCGCUGCCUCUCUCUGGGCCCCUUUCCCCACCUCCUGCCCACAUGAUGGCUGCAUGAGAUUGAAGGAAAUCACAUCUCUGGAGCCCCAGGCUGGCAGCUGGUGAGAACCCCAAGACUGUGGGACUCCCGUGGCAGGGCCACUGCACCCCGCCACAGGCACCUUAGCGUGAAUGAGGAAAAGGCACCAGGUGGUUCCUCAAACAGUGACACGUGGAAUUGCCACGUGGCCCAGAAUUCCUGUUCCUAGGAAUAAUCCCAAAGGAACUGAAAACGACGGAAAGUGUGCGUACACACUUGUUCAGGCAUCGUUACUGACACGAGCCAAAUGUCCCCCAGUGGAUGGAUGAACAGAAUGCCGUCCAUCCAUCCAGUGGGAUAUCAUUCAGCCUCAAAAAGGAAGGAGGUGCUGACAUGUGCUACACUGGGUGGGGGGCCUUGAAAACGUGAUGCUCAGUGAAAGAAGCCAGACCCCAAAGGCUUGUGUGAAUCCACUGACAAGAAAUACCCAGAAUAGGCAAAUCAGAAAGACAGAAAGGAGGUUGGUGGUUGCCAGGGGCUGGGGAGGGGAGAAAUGGGGAGCAACUACUUCAUAGGUUUCCUUUUGGGGUGAUGAAACUAUUUUUGAACGAGAUACAAAUUGGGGUCACACUAACGUGGAUGUACCAGAUGCCUCUGAACUGUUCACUUGAAAAUAGUUUUAUCUUAUACGAAUUUCACCUCAAUUUUUGAAAAAAGCACUUCUUGCUCAGGACAUUUGAUAUCCAUCUGUUAGAAAACUGCCCUUAUAAAGUGACUUUGAAACAACAAGACACCUUUUGAUAAUUGCUGUCACCACCAGGUGGAAGCUGGGAACGAGGCUCUCUUUGAUGUGUGCCCUUGUGCAGUGCACGUCCCACCCCACUGUAGCUGGCAGCCCUGCUCAGGAAACCCCCGAGGAGGACAGGGCUGGCCAGUCCAUUUUACAGAGAACACUUGACUGAUGUUAGCCCCACAUACUAGUGGGGCCUUCUGACUUUGGAAUGGCCAAAAAAGGUUCUGGAGCUGGAGGACUGGGUCUCAGCCUGCCCACAGCUGCAGGUCUGACGUGAGGGUGAAUCUGGCUAGUGGGAGGAUUGAAGAAGAUGCUAGAAAAAUGCUCAUCCUUACCACUCAGUGAGCAUGACCAGGGGCUGCUCACAUCCUGGAGCUGAGGACCCAAGGGCUGGCUUAACUUUGUUUUUUAAUACAACAACUUUAUUGAGGUUUGAUUCACAUACCACACAAUUCACCCAUUUCAAGUGUACAACUGAGUGGUUUUUAGUAUAUGUGCAAGGCUGUGCAGCCAUCACCACUGUCUAGUUCUCAAGUAUUUUCAAAAAGAAACUCAAUGACUUUUAGCUGUCACUCUCCAUUCCUCCCAUCCCCUGUCCCCAGGCAACCACCAACCUGCUUUCUGUUUCUAAGAUUUGUCUAUGCUGCACAUUUCCUGUAAAUGGAAUCAUACAACUCGGUGGCCUUUUAUGACUGGCUUUUUUGACGUAGCGUAGUGUUUUCAAGGUUCAUCAGUGUUGUAACAUGUAUCGGUACUGCAUUUCCUUUUAGGGCUGAAUAACAUUCAUUGUAAUAUUCCGUUGAUGGACAUUUGGGUUGUUUGCCUCCCCGGGGUUCUGAGGCAGCCAAAGUUCUCCAUUGUUUCCAGCAGAGGGGGCUGUUGGGUCCCAUCUCUCCUGCCAGCAAAGAGAUGAGAUUGCCUUGGGGAGGGGUUUGCAGAAAACUGGGUCUGGGUUCAAAGACCACUGGGGCUGCUGCUGAGGGUACAUGAGGGUGUCUGUGUGUGUGUGUGAGUGUGAGCUCACAGGUGUUUACAGGUGACAGAACUCAUCAAAUCACACGCAUCGAAUAUACCCAGUUGACUGCAUGUCAAUUUUACCCCAAUAAAGCUGUAAAAAAUA